AUGAUAUUUGUAUUUAUUCAGCUAGAACGACGGUUUUUACGUUCAUUGGCUGGCUCGAUUAGCAAGAAGUAUCGUGAUGUACUUGAAUAUCAACAAGUGCAGCAUCGGAAACUGCGAGCCGGUAAUCUCAGUGCUGGUAUAGGACAACGAGAUGUCACAGGAAUGCCACGUCGUGCACAUCAUAUGGAUGACGAGAACUCUUCGGAUGAGGAAGCUGCGGGUGGAAGAGAAGCGGAUGCUGCGGAACAAAGACUCCACAAUAGACAUCUGGAUGAUGCAGCAGAGUAUGAAGGCGAAGAAGAAGAUCGUGGUCACGUCGAAAACGAUGAUGAUAAGCAGGACGAGAUCCAAGAAGAGAACGAGGACAGCGAAAGAGAGCAAGGUGAAGACGACGAGGAUGCUGAAAUGCAAAGAGAAGCAGAUAUCCAGGAACGGAAGAGAAGCGCUGACGAGCGGAUCAAA